CAAAAUGGCUGCGGCCGUUCAGGACUCACGUGUGAACCCCGGAGGAAAGCUGAAGCGUUCCCCGAAGAAAAAGAAAAAAAUGAAGAAGGUAGCCAAGGCUGCAGUGUCGAAGCUAGAAGAUGAGCUCAAAGACUCUUCCGGCGGAGAAGGAAGCUGUGAGUCAGAGAUGGACGACUCAGACGAUGGAGCUGCAGAAGCAGACAGCGAGGACAACGUUGAAUCCUGUGAGGAGGAAAAUGAAGUCGCUGCAGAAUCGAGUGCUGGGACUAAUUCGGGCUGGGCAGAUGCCAUGGCAAAAAUCCUUAACAAAAAGACUCCUAAAAGCAAACCCACCAUCCUGACCAAAAACAAAGAGCUGGAGAAGGAGAAGGAGAAGCUAAAGCAGGAGAGGCUGGAGAAAAGGAAGCAGAUUGAUAAGAAGCGGGAGUGGGAAAUGCUGUGCAGAGUGAAGCCAGAUGUCAUCAAAGACAAAGAGGCAGAGAGGAACCUUCAGAGGAUUGCGACAAGGGGCGUGGUGCAGCUCUUCAAUGCUGUUCAGAAACACCAGAGGAAUGUUGACGAAAAGGUUAAGGAAGUAGGAGGCUCCAUCCGGAAGCGAGCUAAGCUGAUGUCAACUGUUUCCAAGAAGGAUUUCAUCAGUGUUCUGCGAGGAAUGGAUGGUGCAAGUGAGAACAGUUCUGCUGGGAAGAGCCCCAAAGCCAGACAGACCGAAGUGAAAUCAGAGGAGGGUCCGGGGUGGAAGAUUCUGCGAGAUGACUUCAUGAUGGGCGCCAGCAUGAAGGACUGGGACAAGGAGAGCGAGGGUGAGGAGCCUGCUGACGGCCAGGCAGGGUCGGCCAGCCACUGAGCAGACGAUGGGAGCAUCCGGCUCUCCUGCAAGCAGCCCCGAAGGCGAAGGCGGCGGGAGCCUCGGGGCCAUCUGCUAAGUGCCAGGACCUCCUGAGAGCCUGAGCUCAGGGCUCCCACGUGCAGACUGUACUAAAGUUGUAUUUUUAAUUCUUAUGUACAUUUAAGCCGUUUUUCCAAAAUAUUUGUACAAUGGAAUAUGUUUUUUACUUGAACAGUAAGAUGUGCAUUUUCUAGGACCCUUUCUGUGGACACAUGCGGAUCGCACACCAGCGUUAAAGUGCAGACCCAUUUAGAAUUAAAAUGAAUUUGAUGUGA